GCUGGAAAUUUUCACAGUUUCGUUGUCAUCACUGAAUCAACUCUUAAUUCAGUUCGCGAGGACAUUUUAUUGUGAUAAUAACCGUAAUCGGUGUAUAGAUGGUUUAGUUUUCACUUUAUCUCUGUACAUACCAAAUGAUAAAACUUCAUAGCAUCGUGUAACGCAGAGUAGAUUGUCGGUCGUUUUCCACUAAACUUUACGGAGCUCAGGAUCAAUAGCGUUCAGAAAAAAUAAGUUCUCGCAUGUCCGGCCAGACAUUCAGUCUCGGUUAAUGUGAACAUAAUCAAGAAGAAACAAUUGAAGAAUACGAAGACAGAACAAAGGGUCAAGGAUUCAAGAGAUGUCGAACGUGGGUGACUUUUCUUCGAAUCUGGUGAAUAUUGCUCUUGCACCUUUCGUACCUAACGUUUUAUCGAUAUGAAAUUACAAACCGAAAAUAAAUAGGUUAUUAUAAACUUAGUUUUUUUGAAUCAUUUGCUUGGAUACAUCAAGGUACAUAAUAGUGAAAGCUGUGGAAAAUCAAUUCCGUAUAUUUGCGCUGAAGAGUAUAUCUAAAUUACCAACGGUAGUGUUUCAUGUAUUAUCGCCAUUUUGACAAUUUAAAAAUGCACACAUAAAAUAAAUGGUGUGACAUGGCAUACAGCCUGUAAUCAUCAUGAACCAAGUAGAAUGGGAAACAAUGCACGAACAAAAACCGUAUUUUGAAAGAAUGUGAAAAUCGCCAAGGAGUUACACACAGAGGCUUCGAUUUUCUCCUUAGCACAGUUUGGUUGCGUGUCUUGGUGGCGCAGUAAUGUGAGCCCUAACAAGGAGAAAAACACCAGUCAUACGCUUUCAGUGAAAAGCGUAAACUCAUUUCAGCUAUACAAAGGGUAGACGACGUCGCGCCAUACUCCACACUUCAUAUAUGUGUAAAUGGAAAACUGGUGCAUUAUCCAAGGGCCCUUUACGGUGGCAGUAAGGGCAAUCGGUUGUUGAUUAAAAAUCAAAAUUGUCGAAAGCUGUUUCGUGCAAAACUGAUAUCAUUAGUAUUCGAGAACAAACGGUUUAAAAGUUGUUAUAAUAGAGUAAUUAUUUCGCUAAAAUAUGGGGUUCGAUGUUUUCUCAAAAAUCUAUUUUAAGGGGCAACUAAUAAAUACAUCAUUACCCGUCUAUACAUCAGCUGCGAGAAAUAAGCACAAGUGAAGAGUUUUUUUUUAAAUGAAACACGCAAUAGUUAUGUAAAAGAACAAUAUUUCGAGCAAAGUGUCUGACGGAACAAGUGAGAGAAUGAGAGUGAACAAUAUACCAUGUGAAUGUAAAAGUUGUACAUAAAUGUGGUGCCAACAAACCUAGCUGAUGGAAGAUUGCAGUGUGUUACUACUAGAAUCGUAAUGUCCAUCGAACAGAGAAACAGUUGAAAUUUAUAACAAUCCAAACUGAGAAUGUUAUCAAUUUGGUUAAAAUUUAUACUACGAUGAAGGAAAGCUCAAGUCGCCAGGAACCUUAGUAGCGCGAAAAUUUGACACACUCUUAAAAGCGACUACCGGACGAUGUCUUACACGCUCCUGAAAAUAGGGUGGCUACGGGCUCGAUCUAUAAUUAGGCUGCUCUACUAAUGAAAAUUUGAUAAACUUUUUAUUCCAAUAUUCAGCCUGUUUGAUAUGGGGAAGCAAAGACAAAAAUAGCACGCUAUAGGCCGAAGGUGUUUCCAUUUCAAUACCGUACAUGUCGUCAAUCGGAAUAUCAACGUGCAGCGAAGCGUAGGAUCUAAGAAACAUUCGGCAACAAUUCCUUGCUCAUAAAAUCAGAGCAGGUUUUCACGUCAAGAUUUCAAUUAAGGCUGUUGUUGACUUCAGGACCUCUGUUGGUGGUGCAAACGGAUUGACAAACUCCAUAAGGAAGGAAUCUCCUAGAGGCUAUGGAUGAAGAAAUCGUUCCGCGUACAUUUCGGGAAAAAGCGUUGUUUUACACGACUGCCUUUUUUAUCUUGCUAGGCACUUUUAGUCUUUUCGCUUUUUUGUUCCUGGUACCGUUUGUGAUCGAACCUGCUUUCACCACAAUUUUUAUGCAAUUUGAUGAGUCACCUGCGUUUUGCGUUACUGUUGACAAUGAGCAUCUCUAUGGCGCGAAGAACUGCAGCUGGGCGUCAUGCAGAGAAGGUUGCACUAAAGACAUCUAUGAAUGUCAACAAAUUCGCGUCAACUACAAAACGAGUGCACAGCUAGCAGCUGAGGAACUCGAAGAAAACGACAACGACGAACUUUCGACGAUGUCCACUGCUGCUUUUAAAGCAGUUACAGCAACAGCUACAAAAACCACUGGUGAUAGUAGUGUUAGUAAUGAUAUUAACAAAAGUAGUCUAAAAAAUAAUUUCAAUAGUCCAAGAGCUAGUAGUGAAACUAAUAAACCUGCUUAUGGCAUGGAUGGAGAGUCUGCGUCCAGUUUGAUAGGUGUCAGCAGGUAUGAUACAGCACUAAAUCGGUUUGAGCGGGCAAUACGCACAGACUAUGAUUACAGUGAUAUGCUGGUGGAUGAUAGAACUAAUGGUUUCGGUGACCACAAAAACGGUAUCAUCAGCUCCAUCAUUGGAGAGGAUAAUACACUCAUGGAAUAUCCAGACGAUAUGACUGAAAUGACAGGAAACGAAUCGGAGUGGUUUUUCACUGGUGCACGGUUAUUUCCUAAUGUUAAAGGUUGUGGGUAUCCACCGAUGCUAAAUUGCACAAUUUGGACCAAGAAGUACUGGAAGAUUGGAACGAAUUUUACUUGUUUUUACUCGCGCGUAGAUCCAGGCUUGGUAAUUAGUGAUCUCGAUAUGUGGCAAAAUACGCUAAACUUGGUGUUUGCGAUGGCCAUUCCUAUUCCAUCCUUCAUCAUAUCCGUAAUUUAUCUUGCAUUCGCUUAUUUUGUAAUCUAUAAUGAAGACGAGGAAGCAGCUUUGUUGGAUAAAAAUGGUGAAGAAGAAGGCGGUGAAGAUGAAUUAAACGAAACUGAUGAAGGAAACGACAACAAAAUUAAUGAAAGCGAGAUGGAAAUUACAGCAAACCACAUCAAUGAGAACAUUGUGGAUGAAGCUAAUACGGUAAACUCAACUACAACUACACCGAUUCAGCCGUUGCCGAAUGGAACAGCAAAUUCGAUCACUAACAUUAACAACACAAACACUAACACGACUGCUACGACCAACACCAACGGUUCAUCGAAACCCAUCACACCGAAUUCGACAUCGGACAUCAAUUCAUUUGGUCACCAGCUUAAGGUGAAAAUGGCUGAUGAAAUGUCCCGGGAAAGCAUCGAUGGGGGAUUGCUCUCGAAUUCUGCAUCAAUUCAAGGAAACUUGAGCAAGACGAUGACGACCAGUAUCUCAACUCCUCCUGGUCCGAUAGCCGCAGUCUAAAACGCCAGGUACACGGUUUGGAUGAUGUUAAGUUUAAAUUUACUAAGUAAGAAAAAGCUUCUCUUAUGAAUACCAAAGGAUAGCAGAUACUAACAUGAAGGAUAGGAUCAGCAUUGCGUCGUAAUAAAGCGUUUAUCAGCGAUAAAAUUCUGGCAAGACAAGACAUACAUCAAACUGUUUGUUUCUUUCCAAUUAGAUCUUUGCGAUUUCAUCAUAGAAAAAAUAAAACAAAAAUAAAAAUAAAAUGUACUCAUUAAAAACAUGCACAAAAUGUCAACUGACCAGUAACAGCUAGCAACAUUACAAAUUAUUGUGUAGUUGAACUGUGAAGUAAUACGAUUUCUAUAUGGAAUAUUUAUUUUGUAUUCUGCUUGGAAUAAUAUAAAAUCCUUUUAAAAAAACAAACAAGAAAUAAUAUUGCGAAAUUCAUAAAUAUGUGCUCAAACUGUUCCAGAUUUAUUGACCCAUAAGCAAACGGUGAAGAUAAGCCUAGGCUGAAUCAUUUCUAUGGUGAAUGGGGAUACAAAAAUGCAUUUGUCAUUUUGCUUGCCAAAACAUACCUAACACGUAUUCAUCGCGCACAUCAUAAAGGCUCUACUAAAUUGUUGAAUUAACAAAGCAACAUUAUUCGUUGAAUACGAUUCUACCCACCAAUUUCUCGGGUGAUUUUACCAAUUACCUUGAAAACAAUUGCCGUUCUGUAUACAAAGAGUUGAUAUUAACGGAACAUCAUUUACCGACUCAAUACUGAAAUAAAGAAAAAAGUUGUAAAAAGUUGUAGCAUCUGGCGAACUUGUAUUCUUGAUUAUUUUACAUAAAAGUUUUUUUUUCUCGUUAAAAUGCGUACUGCUACCAGUGCUGAUAAAAGUCAUUUUCCCCAGCAAAAUUCUUCGAAAAUUACAGCCAAUCAUUUUCAAUUUUCACUUUCAAUGAUCGCAGCACUCUUUCAGAUACACUAGAUUUUCGUCCUAGUAACGUGCUGUUAUACUCAGAUGAAAUAGAUCGCGCGCAUCGUUCACGGUUACGGAAUAAAAUUUGACGACAAAUCCAACCAAAUGAUCUUCACUUCAAAGCGAAAAAGAAAAACAAACAGUCCACUCAACCAAAAUGAACCUCACCGAAACACUUUUUCACUGACACUGACCGAUGCCUUGACAAUCUUCGUUAAGUGAUAAACUGAUUUUGUUGUCUUGCUUCCAUCGCAUGAAAUAUAAUGAGGUGUUUUGACAGUUCACUUGUGCUUCCAUGCAAAAAGCGGGAAGGGAGAAAACGUUUAUGGAUGCUUUUUUUCACUUUCACUCAAGAGUGUCAACAAAUAGCAACCCUGACUGUCACUGACACAAAACAACGGAUUUAUAGAAAUCAAACAUUUCUAAUUUCUUUUCCACUUUUCGUUCACUUUUAUUCUACUCAAUCGUUGUUUUUUUUCUAAAGCAAUCAAUGCUUACCACGAUUUUUCAGGCCAACUACGUGUUUUACUAGCAUUCAAAGCAAAGCAAAAAGCAAAGCCUUGGUGCUACAUUCCGAUUCGGAACUUGACCUUCUGUUUACUAUACACAGACUUCGCAGCCCACCGUUAAGUGUACAGGACAAUUGCGGGGCUAGCGCUAUGAUCCUCUACUGACACUAACAGUCUCUCCCGAGUCAAGACUCGAACCUACGACAACUGGCUUGUUAGACCAGCAUUGUACCUCGAGACCGGCUGGAGAGUUAAUAGCAUUCUAUUGUUCUGUAAAGUCAACUUCGCGUGCUUAUUCUUGGAUGGAAUAAUUCUCAUCCGUUUACCUUUAUUCAAACCUCAAUUCCAAAUUGCUAUUGAGUAUCCGUGAUAUGCUUAAUUGAGACAUAUGUGAUCUUAUCUUAUUGUUUGUUUAUAUUCAUAUAUAAGUGUGCAUACUGUUUCUAUCAUCGAUGAAUAUAUUGUAUUUGCGAUUUAGCUAAAGGAUCUGCAAGAUAGUGCUAUUUUAUUUGCCUCGUCAAAUCUUUUUAUCAUUUGAAUAAGUUAGUACUAAAAUAAUACUGCAAUAAGUUCGGUCUAAAGUCUUUAGGCCACCAUCGAAGAGCAGCGUCCUUCUGUCGAUCAUUUGCCGCUGAUUCGUUUGCCACGUCCGGAUUAAGGCUUGUGGGAGCCCAGGGGCAAAGCAAUAUUUAAAUAAAGGAACAUGUCAUAUAUAAAUCUAACUUAAAGAAAGGAUUGUGUCAGUUUCGUUUAAAUUUUUUUUUUUUUAAAUGUCACGAUUUUUUUUGUAUCGUGAGUCAUUAAAAGUGAAUUAUUCUGCUUCCCCCCUCCCCCUGCCUGGCUAUGAACGUUUGCCUCUAAGUUACUUUUCGAUUCCCUGAUCUUACACUCAAAAUAUUUUUCACGUUAUGAUUACCGGAAAAGUUAUGUGAAUAUUUUCCACUGUCAUUUUCACGUAGAUUUUACGUGAUUGUCAUUUGAGUUCAUCAUGAUCUGGUGAGAUGAUUUAUCUUGUGAAUAUUAUUCAGUAGACAUAUGCGUUUCAUGUGAUUUUCACGUAGAAUUUAACUACCGGCAAAGUGAAAAGCAUUUGAUUAACGGAUAGCUACUACGUUUUAUAAAACGUAUUAAUUUCGAUUGUGGUUUCCUAAAUUCUUAAGAGAGAAAUUAGCUUUCAGAAUUUUUUUAAAUAUGUUGCUAGAUAAAUCGCACGGGCAUGCAAAAUUUCCAAUAAGAAAAUGGAUUGAACGACAUAAAAACUGACAAAUAUUAAGACAUUCACCGUCUAUAAUUACUGUUAGCUGCUACUUUUUAUGUUCAGGUAACUCCUGAAUCUUUGAACUGAAUCUGUACAAAAUCUGUAAGCUAAAGAUUCCAUGUCGAAUUAUGGUUUUUCCUUAAUCUCACUCAUUGGCAAGCCAUCGAUGAAAUCAAUUUUAUGUUCAGAGACCGAAUUACACAACAGCUUCGCCAAUUUGAUUCUUGUAUAUUUUCGCACGGAGAGUUCAUUCUGUUUGACGUUGCCAAGUUCACGUAGAUACUACGUGAUAAAACAUAGUAUGCAUGUGAUUCUCACGUAGAUGUUAUGUUUGUCACAUAAAUCAUGAAAACUGACAGAAAAUGAAUAAGUACAGGAAAUUUCACGUAACAAUAACGUGAAAAAUAUUUUGAGUGUAGGGCAUCCUUAACAGUGCGCUUCUAUACCCCGUUUGGCAGCGCUCUAUCAUCACUUCGUACCGUACCGGUCGCUGCUAAACGCGCUAGAGAAAUAGUAGCCGGGCCUCCGGGAAGCAUCGCGCUCUCAAAUUUGGCAGCCCGGUAACAGCGCUGCUAAAGGUUUAUGCUGGAUGAAACGUCAAACAGAGACGAUAGCAACGACCGGUGUGAAAACGGGUGAGUGCGUAAAAUAGCCGCGCUGUACACAGUCGCCAUAACAACUUAAAUAGUAGCGCACUGUUAAGGAUGCCCUUAUGCCUCUUCGCCAUAAAAAAACUAAGCGCAGCAAAUGGGGCUCAUGCCAACAAGCUGCUUACAUUUCAAACGAGUCGAGUAUAACGAUAACAAAUCAUGGUGUUCUUCCGAUACUAAUCCUUCGAAUACUAAUCCUUCGCGAUUCUUGGUCCCAACCUAUUAACUGUUAUGUACUCGACAGGGUAUACGGGUGCCGUUUCAGACUUUAUUGCUUUAAAAAAUAAGGAAAACCCCAACUCUGCUAGUUGAAACUUAUGGGAUGCUGCUUACUAGUGGAAAUAAACCAUUUUCCAUCAUCAGACUGUUUAUUGCAGCAGGGCCGGUUGAAGGGGGGGCUUCGAUUUUUUACCCCAUAAGUACUCAGCAGGAUAUCCGGGUACCCACAAAAUGAAAUUCUUCUUGCUCUUUCAUUUCUUCAAUCGACUUUCGAUCUUGGCCUGUCAAAAGAUUGGAAAAUCUGUCUACUUUUAUAAUCUGGGACUGAAAUCAACCUGUCACCACAUCUGGUUCCUGUAAAUCCGGAUCUUCGGGAGCAUGUUCCGGUAAGACAAAUUAGUACAUACCAAUAUUGUUUGGUUUCAUUGCCAAUUGUUAAAAUUUGCCUUGGAUUUGAACCUGGCCCCGGAGUUCCGGAUUUACUGGUCCCAUAUGAAAACGAAUGGCUCUUUUGGUGACGUAUACUAAAAAUAGACAAAAUUUUCAAUCUUUUGACGGGUCCAGUGCGAAAAUCGAUCAAGAAUUGAAGAAGUGAGAAGCAUUUCAUUUUAGUAGGUGCCCGGGUACCUUACCGAGUACUUACGUGCGUUAAAAUUCCCGGGUAUAUAACAGUUAAGCAGACGUGGCGACGGGUAGUGAGUAGUUAUCGACCCAUUGUUGAAUCCAGAAUAUCUCUCAUUCUUUUGUUAGUCUUCGCCGGUCGCUCCUAACACCCGAUCUUCAUUUACACCACACAUUCACAUAUUUUCACAGGUAGCAUCGCCGACAUUCGUGCCACGUGAUUAGCCCUCUAUAGCCUGCAGUAUUUCUACAAAUUGAUAAUAUCCGCAUGAUGAUAAGCUUUGUACAUCUCGUGAUUCAUGCGCCUGCGCCAUACUCUACUUUAUUACAAUCACCUCAAUAUUGUGUCAAUGAAGAUUUCAUAUAUGAGAAUAAUGUGAGGUUCUUGUAAAAUUGAGCGUUUUUUUCUACAAGGUUUACUUCGACCAGUGAUAAUUGAAAAAUUCGAAUAAUUUAAAAAGCAGUUACUUGAUAAUUUUUUUUUUUUUAACUCUAAUAUUUAUUUAGGCCCAACCGCGAAGCAUAACGGGGCCGAAUAUCUUUUGGAGUAGGGAAAAGCCAGCUUGAGUAGAGCCUGUAUCCCGACUGCUCCUCCUCAAACAGGCAUAAAAACCCUCUCAUCUUUUCUCUUUAAAAAUACAAUUUAAAAAUACAUGUCAUUUAGGCUUACAACUAACAUUAACAUCAAAGUUUUUCUCUUUAUAACUAAAUACUAAUCCUUACUACUAUUCGUUGAGGGUGAUGGUUCCUUAUCUCUUUGAAAUCAAAAUCUAAGUUCGGUGGAUCAUGUCUCUCAAAAAGAAGCGAUGAUUCAUGUUUCUAUAAAAAAGAUGAACGAAAGAAAGAAGAAAAAAAAACGGAAUUAGCGUGAAACUUUUUAAGAUUGUUGUGUUGGGAGAAAUUAGGAGAAAAAGCAUAGAGAUAAUCAAAUUCGAUACUUGAUAUCUCUUAAAAAGUCGUAAAUGGGUAUUACAAGCGCGGGGUUGCGGCUAGCAAGCACAUCCCGUAUUUGCAUUGUAAGCGUCACUUUCUGUUUCCGAAGAGAAUCCAUAAGCUUGGCCCUUGCUCUGUGGUACUUAGGGCAUACGAAGACUAUGUGGUCAAUAUCUUCGUACCCUCCACAUUCGCACAGAUUACUAUCGACUAAGUUUAUUCGAUAGAGGUGUGCGUUUGCAACAUAGUGAUUGGACAUUAGGCGCGAAAUUACUCGAAUGAAAUCUCGAGUUAAAUCUAACCCUUUGAACCAAGCUUUUGUAGACACUUUGGGCGAAAUCGAAUGCAUCCAUCGCCCAAGAUCGUCUUUAUCCCAUUUUUCCUGCCAGUUUUCCAGAGCCAGUUGUCGGGGCAAAUGAAAAUACUCGGUAUAGGUGAUCGGUCUAUCAAAUAUAUCUCCAUCUAUGGCACCCCUUUUUGCUAAUAAAUCAGCUUCUUCAUUGCCUGGGAUUGAGCAAUGAGAGGGGACCCACACAAAGCAGAUAAUGGAAGACCGAUCAACCAGCACUUCUAAUAUCCGUCUAAUUUCCGGAAGGAAAUAGGACGGGUGCUUGACCGGUUUAAUCGAUCGGAGAGCUUCGAUAGAACUGAGGCUGUCCGAGAAGAUGAAGUAAUUGUCUGGUGUCUUGAGCUCGAUAAUUCGCAGCGAAUUGUGUAUGGCAGCUAAUUCAGCUACGUAUAUGGAGCAGGGCUGUGCCAGUUUGCGAGAUAUGCGAUGAUCUGUGUUGAAAACGCCAUAUCCGGAAUGUCCAUCCAUCACAGAUCCGUCCGUGAAAAAGGAAUUCUGUUUUGGGAGGUGGCCAAAUUUUGCCGAAAAUAUUGAUGGCACAACUGUUGGUUUGAGGUGAUCGGGAAUUCCAUGGAUUUCUUGUUCCAUCGUCAAAUCAAAUACAACAGAAGAAUUGUUGAGCGAUGUUGAAAUCUCACGGGAUGGAGCAACAACCGAAGGGUUUAUCUCCAUGGACAUGAACCGCUGGUAUACUGACAUGCAGGGUUUCUGAACAACUUCCAAACAUUUCUCAUAGUUCGCAAUAAGCAUUGGAUUUGCUAUUUCCGAUCUAAUGAGGAAACGAAAAGCCAACUCAAACAGCCUCUCUUUGAGUGGUAGUAUUCCAGCUAUGACCUCUAGGGACAUGGUAUGUGUCGACUGCAUGCAGCCUAGAGCGAUACGCAAACAACGGUAUUGUAUCCUCUCGAGCUUCAGCAUGUGUGAAGCUGCGACACCUCUGAAGCAUAUGCUGCCGUAUUCUAUUACGGGCAGAAUCGUGGUUUGAUAGAGUCGUAUCAAAUCCUCUGGAUGGGCUCCCCAUGAUGUUCCUGUUACCAUCCGAAGAAAAUUGAUCCUCGGUUGGCAUCUUUGCUUCAGGUAAUUUAUAUGUUUUACCCAUGUGCACUUAGAGUCAUACCAUACUCCGAGAUAUUUAAAGCUAGGUGACUGGGUGAUGGGUCUUCCGGACAGAACUAGCUCCAAACGGGGUGGUGGUCGCUUUUUUGAGAAGACAACCAUCUCCGUUUUUUUCAAGCGAGAACUCAAUUCCAAGACAGCUGGCCCAACUGGUCAGAUUAUCUAGCGUAUUUUGCAGGCUGUUUUUCAUAUCUACAGCCAGAGACGCCGUGACUGAUACUACGCAAUCGUCAGCUAACUGACGCAUUGUGCAGCCGUCCGUCAAGCAUGUGUCGAUGUCACUGAUGUAGAAGUUGUACAACAGCGGACUCAGACAAGAGCCUUGGGGGAGACCCAUGUAGCUUGUUCGUGUUAUUGUUGAAGAACCGUGGUUGAAAAGUAAAUGCUUUUCAGACAGCAGGUUGAUCAAAAAGUUUGUUAAUAUAGGGGAGAAUCCUCUCUGAUGCAGUUUCUCGGAAAGAAUUUCGAUUGAAACUGAGUCAAAUGCGCCUGUGAUAUCCAGGAAAGCCGAGGUCAUUUGUUGUUUGCUGCCAAGAGCCAUUUCUGCUUCUGUGGCUAGCAAUGCCAGGCAAUCGUUAGGGCCCUUGCCCCUACGAAAGCCGAACUGGGUCUCUGACAGUUGGUUAGUUGUUUCUGCCCAGUUGUCAAGUCUGCGCAGGAUCAUUUUUUCAAGCAAUUUGCGUAUGCAUGAGAGCAUCGCAAUCGGCCUGUACGAGCGAUGAUCUGCGGCAGGUUUAUCUGGCUUUUUGAUUGCGAUAAUCUUAACCUGUCUCCAAGCUUUUGGGAUCACAUUGUUCCUGAUAAGCUUAUUAAACAGUUUAAGAAAUCGUAUCUUGGCCGAAUCCGGCAGGUUUUUCAUCAAAUUAAAUUUGAUCCUGUCCGGUCCUGGAGCCUUGUUCUUACAAGACGCGAGGGCAAUUGAAAAUUCCAGCUUCUAAAACUAAUGUUGCAAGAAAGUUGUAUUCGUCUGAUGGAGAAAGCUCGUCGGUUGUUUCGAGCUCCUGAGAUAUCAUGUUCGAUAAUUUUUCCCAAUCAAUAUUCCGGGUGAGAUCAUACUCUACUUCGACUGUGGUAACAGACUGGAGCCUGCUCAUAAUCGAAAUACUUAUUGGCAAAUGAUCACUACCAUGGGGAUCUUGAAUAAUCUCCCAUUUACAAUCCAAAGCUAUUGAGGAGGAACACAUAGAUAAAUCUAAAGUGCUCUCACGUACUGGAGGCCUUGCUAUUCUUGUAGCUAACCCAGGUAUGUUCAAUAGGGUCAUAUCGAACACGUCUAGUAAGCUUUCAAUAAGAAUAGCCCGGUUAUCAUCUCCAGGUGCUCCCCACGCCAUACCGUGAGAAUUGAAAUCUCCCAGGAUAAGGCGUGGAGUCGGCAGCAGUUCCGUUAUUUGUGUCAGCUGCAACCGGUUAAUAAUAGCUCUAGGUGGUAUGUAGACUGAUGCGACCGUAAGGCUCUCACCAGCUAUUGUUAAAUGGCAAGCAACAAUUUCUAUGCCAUCAAUUGCUGGGAGAGGAAUUCGGAAGAAUGGAUAGCAUUUUUUGAUACCAAGAAGCACUCCGCCAUAAGAGUUUCCUCGGUCUAAACGAAUUAUAUUGAAAUCAUGAACGGCUACUGUCGUAUCCGUUGAUAACCAUGUUUCAGAUAGCGCGAAAAUAUCGCAUUUGCUAUCGUGAAGCAGGAGUUUAAAUUUAUCUAGUUUGGGAAUCAAGCUUCUACAGUUCCAUUGUAUGAUCCUUGUUGUCGAUUCGUCACUUCUGUUGUCUGAUUUAGACAUCGAAGGAUACGAACGAGAGGAGGGGCCAUUUGGUGCUUAGUUGCUUACCCAACAUGCAAAUUGUUGGAAGCCAAGCCGAAAUCAUACUUUUAAGAGUAUCGGAUAAACCAAAAGUGGUAAAUAUCCAUUCAACUAUCAUUUUAAAUGAAAUACGUCCAUCAGUAGACGGUAUUUCAGAUUCCGGAGACAGUUUAUUGGCGGGAGCAGAUUUCUUUCCCGGUAGUUUAGGGAACUCUUUAUCAAAAGUGUUGCCCUCAGGAUUAAGUUUGAAUCCUGGAGGUGACGUCUUAGCAAUAUUUUGCUUAGAAGGUUGACCUCUUGGGGUGUCUGUAUGCGUUUUCUUCUGCUCCUUCCUGGGAAGUUUGGGGGAAGAUACGCUUGGUCGUUUCCGCACGGCCCCACUUGACGGAAGAGGUUGAUAUACCUCUUCGUCAUCAUUGGAAUCAUCCGUUUCCAAGCUGGAAUACGGAUUUUCCUGUUGCUGUAAGGCAGUCUUCAACAUUUGUGCAAAUGACUGCUUACAGCGUUGUUUCGUAGAUUUCUUCAACGCGUCUGAACGUAAUUUGUAUUUUGGGCACGCUUCAACUUCAUGUGGGUCACCACCACAGAGACAGCAUCUUGCCUGUUGAUCGCCGCAAGUAUGGUUAAUCUCAGAGAUUUCACCACACUUGGAGCAUUUCGAUUUAUUGUUGCAGUAGGUUUUUGUGUGCCCUAACUGCAAACAUUCGUGCAUGUCAUAACUUUCGGUAUGAAAAGUCUUACUGGGAGUCGAAGCUUGUGAAGUUCGACAUAAUCCGGAAGCACUUUUCCCUCGAACGUGACUCGAAACGAGUCAUUCGGGGAGUAUUUUCCCGUAUUAUCCUUGGAAUACAUUUUCCUGCAUUCCAGAAUUUUUAUUUUUGGGAGGGAGGGAUUUUUAAAGCAUCCCCCACCUUCCAUCACGUCCUUCUCGGUAAGAUCCGGUUCGGUGAUAACACCCUCAAUUUCAACUACGCGUGCCGGUAUAUAAACACGGUAUUCGAUGUUGAAAUUCGGGUCCAGGACGACAUCGUUCGCUUGUCGGGGAUCCGAAAAUGUUGCCUUCAGUCUAUCAGCUUUGACCUUGUAAACUUCGGUCAAGCUCGAGUAUUUUUCCUUCAGAGAUUUGCACAUCUGUACAACUCUAAGAGGCUUGUUUUUGGGUCGAAAAUACACGAUCCAACGAAGACCAGGUUGGUUCACCUGGUACAUUUUAACCCGAGUUGCCCCGUCAUUAGUGGAUGGGGCAAUUGGGGCAGUUUUACGAGGUCUUUUACGCUUUUUAACGACGUCAAAAAAAGCGUUGUUUCCAUUAUUCGGAAUGUCAGAAAAAUCCAUUGCGGACUCGUCACCUUCUGAACAAGAUGAGAGGUCCGGUGGAAGAGGCAAUCCACCAACCGCCAUAGCGGUUGGGAACUAUAUGCCGCUAAUAACUAAUAUAUGAAAUAUAUGAAAAUAUUUAUAUAUUCAAAACUAAAAAGAAUGGCUAUAUAUAAUAAAAGAGAGGAAAUGCGAAAUCAAAAUAUUUAAAUUAUAUAUAUGUAUAUACGAGAAUAAAGAAGGCAAAAAAGUAAAGGUUUUGUCACUUAUCUUUAAAUGUAUGAGAAUCAGCAGCACUGCCUGCGCUGUCUCCUCAACUGCAGAGCGGCGAUGCCGUCCGCUUUCCCCCCGUCGGGGUUCCACAGCACACGCGCCAACUAACCACUACCACAGCUCCGUACUUCUCUACUGCGGGAAUCGACCUUCGCUGAUGCUGGAUCAGCACGCCUUUCAGCACUCGCGCCAAAACAAGCACGACUCACCACCUUCACACGCGAACGCAGCGCAAUCGCGCCGAUUAGCACCACUACCACUGGCGCUGUUCGGCAGUCGGGGCUCCCCCACCAAUAACGACGCGUAUUUGCACGCCACACAACACCAACGCUAGAAGAAGCGAGAUAUUAAUUUCGGUAAUCCACAGAGCACUCAAGAAAAACAACUUUCCUGCUCGGCUGCCGAAAAGACUAUGUACUUGAUACAUUUGAUUGAUAGACUAGUUAGACAUUGAAAUAGCUACUACAUAUUGGCAUAGACGAGCAGACGUGCCACUCCAUAUAAAAUUUUGAAAAAUGUGGUUCUGAUUAACUGGGGCGACACCUACUAGACAUAUUAUCCUGAAGAUAAACUUUCAGAAUUCCUGGCAACCAUACCCUUUGUCUUUUGCUUCUGACAGCACGGCGCGCGACAACUGAGUGACAAAGGAAAAAGAACAUCAGCUCCACCACCGCACAUUCCGCGUUAUUGAAAUUCAUUUGAAUCGACAGUUAUUUUGAUCCACGAAAAUUUCGAAAUUUCGUGAUACGUCUGUUUGUCUAUGAUAUUGCUUCAGGCUAUUUGCUUGUGUCCAGCAUACCUUUUGCUGUUUAUUUAUCACAUCGUAUUGCAAUCACAUUCCAUUCGUAUUGGAACCUACCGCUCCUGGUUUUACAGUACUUGCACAUAGUUGAUAACAUAAGCUUUUUAAAUGACAUCGAUGCUGAUUUUAAUCUAGAAUAGUAAAAGGUAUUGGAGACAUAAGUCUUAAAAUGCUUAUAUUAAGGUAAAAUUUCAACAAGUUGCUUACGUUGAUGUUCUUCAAACAGAAAAGUGAAUUACAUACUUUGUCUGCAUUUUAGAGCCAACAUUUGAUAAAUUUAUUUUUUAUCAUUAUACGUUAAUUCGAUUAACGUGAAAAACACAAGCAAAAAUAACAUGAAAAAUAGGAAAACGAUUCAAAUUUAUUACUAGCGCUAGACGACUUACAUUUCAAAAAAUAGCUUGGCUGAUAAAGUAUUUAAAAAAAACAUAUUUAGUAUAAAUAAAAACAGCGAAAGCAAUGGUUUUAAGAAAUAAAGCACCCAAUCAGCAUAUGAGAUAAACUACUAAGUUUAAUUCUAAAAUUAAAGAAACUAUUUGUGCUGAUGUGCUGAAGAGGCACCACUUGUAUAUAGCAGAAUGAAUCAGACAUUUUACAGCAAAAACCACAAACAGACGACUAAAAAGCAACUACUAAACACUUCAAGAGAAUACAGAAGAAUAUUGAAAGUAUAAAGCUUUUCUUUAAAAAAAAUCAGCGCCAUUGUUAUUGUGCAAUAAGUAUAGUAAAAAACAUGAAAAUCAUUGAAAAGAUUCUAAGAAUUGUAUAUUUUCAAAAUAUGUAUUGCCUUGUCAUUGCUAAUUAGUUUAAGGUUUGUUAAGGAAAGAUUAUAGAUGAAAUGAUAAAAAUCUACUGCGAAUAAUUAAUAAAAUGUGAAAGCUUUAACUGAAAUAA